GUACCUGUGCAGCAUACAACCGCAGGUGGCACACGACGAUACCCUUGGGCUCGGGACUGUCUCCGUCGGUAACCCUCGCAAACCACUCUGGCAUCUCCGGUAAUGGGUCUCGGUCGGCCUAUCCUGCCUCAUCAAUUCUCGUGGCUGUGUCUUCGUGGUACUACGAUCGGUCGUCCACUAGAGCUUCGUACGCGGUAGGACCGUAGUCCUCCUUGCCGUGUGAUAGAGUGGCGCGGCCUCCGCCAUCUUCUGGUGGACGCUGUGGGAAGACUAAGGUAGGUACAUUAGGUGCCUUAGCUAUGUUGUCAGACUUCGAUUUUACGGUGCCUGGCCUGAGUCCGGUGAUGAGCGCUCUCUCGACGGCAAUUUUCCCUGCUCUACACUCCUUGAAUUGGUCUCGUUCUGGAGCGUGGUAUCUCUGACACUAUGCGGUAUUCGUUCGUCCUGGUAUGCAAGGUAGGUAGGUAAAUACCCUUACUUGAUCCAUCAGCGUAGUUACUUUCUUCACCAUAUACAUGCGCCAUGACUACCGGGGCGUUCUUCUCUGACCGGCUACCAGAUCGGUUCCACGCUGCAAAUAUGUGUGACCUGGCAUGGAGUUGGAUGAUCGACUUUUCCAGCCCCGUCGUCUCCGGGAAAGCAGGUGCGGUGGCGCAUGGCAAAGGUAUCAAGGUGAGGUCUACCCAUGGGAAUAGCCGACCUGGCCUGUGUCGCACAACAGAAAUGCACUGUGGAGGCUUUUCUCUAGGCUUCGGGCGUGCGGUCUUAUGAAUGUCGAUGAUUGGGAAGACGCAUCGAACUGGUGUGAGUGGAAGCUAACGCGUCUCCGUCUAUAAGGUAGGGACAACAGUCGAUCACCAGGGAUUGAUAUAUCGCAGCGGCUGGGCGGCGGCUGCUCUAUCAGAGAAUUGAUCAUCGACAAUCCG